AUGAAGAAAGAAUAUUUGGAGGAACAUCGAGAAUUUUUCUCAAACGCCGUAAAGCCAGAAAAUUUAGAUGUAAUUCUGAAAAAGAUAAAAAAUAAAUUCCUAGGAAUCAAGGGGAAUAAGAUAAUUCUUAUAACAUCAGGAGGAACAAAAGUUCCUCUUGAAAAGGUACAAAUCAGAAAUAUAGAAAACUUUUCAACCGGAAAACGAGGAGCACGUCUUUGUGAAUAUUUUUUAAAAAAAAAAAAAAAAGUAAUUUUUCUUUAUAGAAAGGGUACUUUUAUGCCAUUCGAGUGCCAUUUAAAACAUGUAUCCAGCAUUGAUAAUAUACAAAUUGUAAACAGAAAUAUUUCACUAAAAUUGGAUGACAAAGUUAGCAAAGCUCUCAUAAAUGAUGCUGAAGCAUAUGAAGAGUUCAGAGAAAAUUUAUUUUGCAUUUCUUUCGAAACGAUUUUUGAGUAUGGAUUUUAUCUUACUGCCAUUUGCGAAUUACUUCAUGAGGACUGCAUGGGGGAGGAAUUCUGUGCCCCUGGCUCUCAGCACGCCAUAGGAAUUCCAAAUGAAUAUUCGAAACUGAGAGAUAUAAACAUUCCCCAUCCCAAUGUGAUCAAUUACUAUCCAGACGAUGACACAUCACUCUUGAACACCGAAUUUGUUGCUACAUCUAUUUUGAAGCAUCUUCUGAACCAAGCUAAGAAAUCAACUCUCUCGUCUGAUUUCCCAAACGAUAGAUGUAUUUCUGACCUGCUAAACAAAUUGAACUCUUUUCUGAAUUUCAGAUGUGUGAAGGAGGCACCAGAAAAUAGUUACCUAAUCCAUUUGAAAUCUUUUUUUGUUUACGUUACUAACGCUUUGAAUGAUUCUAUUGGAAGGGAUAGAAGUAUAUGGUUAGAUGCAGAUUUCAGAGAAGGGAUAAUACCACUAGUUCGAUUCUUCAUAGCCAAAAUUGAGGCAGAAGCAAUACUUCCACUACUUGACCCCGUGGUAAACGAGAAUCCACCGAGGGAGGAGAAGCAAACGGUGAAGCAAACGGUGAAGCAAAGGGAGAAUCAGCGGGAGGAGAACCAACGCACGUCACACCUCGUUGUCCUUUGUGCAGCAGCUAGCGAUUUUUACAUUCCGUUUUUCCAAUUGAACGAUCACAAAAUAGACAGCGAUGGAAAUUCUGCCCCUUCCUUUCACAUGAAGUUAUGCCCCAAAUUUUAUAAAAUUACAAAAAAAUAUUUUCCAUUAUUGAAAUGUUGCAUCUUCAAGUUAGAAGAUAAUGAAAAGAAACUUUUACAAAAGUCGAACGAAAGAAUUAUAUAUGCUGACAUGUUAAUAUCCAAUAUGUUAGAAACACGUUACGACAUUGUCUACAUAUUCAAGAAAAGAGAUGAUUUCUUUCUACUGAAACGUAAGGAUGAAUCAGAAGUUAUUGAAUAUUCCAUGGGUCAUUACAUUUGUCAGCAUUUCGGUAUUCAAUAA